CGUCAAGCGACGAAUCACAACCCUGCAACAUUCGGAUUUUGAAUGCACCUCAGCCGCAGUUGAAUCUCUCCUUUUCCCAAACGUCAAUUUAUAGUUCUGAUCCGAGAUCUGGUUCGUUGCCAAGCUGUGCCACUUUCCUUCUUUGGUCUGAGGACGUCCUGAAUAUGCUGGGCAUCGUGAGGAUGAGCGAAUUGAAGGUGCGAGGAAUUGGCUCACAAAGCGCGAAGUUGUGCCAUCCAUGUCGUUUACGGCAUCGUUUGAUAGGGGUUGACGGUGCUGCACCGCUGUCAUGGCUGAGCCCAAGCUUUGGGAGAGCAUCCUCUUGCCGUUGACCUCCUCCUGCGGAUCUUGAUCCCUUUCUCUCCCACAUCUUCUUGAGAUUUCCCAUCUAUUUCCACUUCAUAGUCAAGAUGUUGGUCUUCAGAGUGCUGUUUUGUUCACUGGCAACAACUCAAGCUUUUCGACUCGCUCAACCCGUCCCUCAGCCAGAUAUCUCCAAGAGAGUAACGUACAAUGGCGGCUGGGCACUGGGUCUCUCAGGCUCGAGUUGCCCAUCUGACGCACCUGUCGCCUGUAGCACACAAUCAGGGUCCGUGAAUCCCAUGUGCUGUCCCUCAGGACAGACCUGUUCCGGCGACAUCAGACCGUAUUGCUGUCCAACAUCCGUCGACUGCUCAAACGUCGUCGAAAAUGUCCCCGUCUGCGCUAACUCUACUUGGAAUAUGUACACCCAAGGCGGCGGCAAUUACUUCUGCUGUGAACCCGACCAAUUCGGCGUCCUUCCCCUCCACGGCUAUGCAGGGAUCUGCGAACCGCUCGAUCAAACCGUUGCUUCGUCUCUGAUCGCUACACCCGCUAGCCAAGUAGGAGGUGCUGCCGUGACCAGUGUAGCGACAGAGACUGGUGGAGGAGGAGCAGCGAAUACGAUGACAGUAACAAGUACAUUGCAAAACGGCGGUGUGACGACCAUCACCACCGCCAUUUCCGGGACCGCGACACAGACACAGGGCUCAGCCAGCGCAACGGGCACUGGUCUCAAUACCCCCAAAGGCGGAGGAACGGCAACUAUUACCCUUUCCCGCGGCGCAGAAAUCGGAAUCGCAAUCGGCGCAGCGUUGGUACUGAUCGUAGGCGCAAUUGUGCUCUGGCGCUGCGUGCGGGCGAAGAAAGGCAGGCAGACGAAGAUGAAUAAUGAGGGGUAUGCGUAUCAGUCUGGGCCGGCGCCGAUGUAUAGCGCGGUGCCGAAUCAGGGGAUGCAGCAGCAGCAGCAGCCGUAUGUUGUGAGUCCGGUUCAGGAGUAUAAGACGCCUGUGGUGGGCGUGAUGCCGCAGUAUGGGAGUCCGACUCCGUCGCCCGGGAGUGCCGGUGGUUAUGCCUCACCAAACAGUAGUCCUCCGCCUCAGUUCCAUCAGCAACAGCAACAGUAUGGUAGCAGUCCGCAGAUGCAAGGCAGGUACGAAGCGCCGGGUGGGCCAGUGUCGCCACCGGUAGAGGCUCCCAAUGCGUGGGAGAGAGGCAUUGAUGGGUGAUGGGUCAUGAGGAGUGGCUUGUGAUGUGGUGUCGUGUGGGGAUUGAGUUUGUUGGUUAGCAUGCGCGCUUUUGAUGUUUGCUGUUAAUUACAUGUACUUCAGC